AUGGAAACCAAGCUACACCCGGCCGUUACGGUCUCGAAUAUCAAGACCGCUAUACCCGUUACUCUUGAGAUGGAAACCGGCCACUGGUCUACGUGGUCGGAACUUUUCCAGCUUCAUUGUAAAGCCUUCCAACUAUAUGAUCACCUUCUUCCUCCUGUCGCUGACACACCCAAGCCGUCAACCGAUAAAGACAAAACUACCGGUGACUCCUCUUCUGCCAAAGAACUCUGGGAGCGUCUUGAUUCCAUAGUCCUCCAAUGGAUUUAUGGAACAAUCUCCCAGGACCUCGUCCACACUAUUAUCAAGCCUGGUGCCACCGCUUAUCAUGCAUGGACUACCCUCGAAAACUUAUUUCAAGACAACAAGAGUGCCCGUGCUCUUCACCUUCGUCAUCGCUUCACCACUACCCGUCUUGAAAAUUUUACUAAUGUCUCCGCAUAUUGCCAAGAGCUGAAAGUUCUGUCCGAUCAGCUUGCGGGUGUCGGCCACCCCGUUGACAACGAUGCCCUCGUCUUACAACUCAUCGCUGGCCUCACUGAUCAAUAUGAAGGGAUUGGCACGGUCCUUCAAGGUCAGGACCCGCUGCCGUCCUUCUCUACGGCCAGGUCUUAA